UCCUCCCCAGCCUUAGGCGCGCGCGUCUCACACGCCGGCGGCCGGCCUCCCAGCCACCAUGGGCCCCUCCGCGCACCACCACCACCUCCUCCUCCUCCUCGUCGCCGGCAUCGCCGCGGCGGUCCUCCCGUUGGGGGGCGCCGCCGAGGGCAUGAGCGAGACGGAGGCGCUGAUCCACCUGAAGAAGUCAUUCUCCAACUCCUCCUCGGUCUCGUCGUGGCUCCUCACAGACAACGGCGGCCAGUCCCCGUGCGCCCCGGGGUCGCACGAGUGGCACGGCGUGGUAUGCGCCCGCGGCAAGGUCGCCGGGCUCCGCCUCAGCGGGCUCCAGCUCGGCGGCACCAUCGACGUCGACGCGCUCUCCAGCUUCCCCGACCUCCGCUCCGUCUCCUUCGCCGGCAACAACUUCACCGGCCCGCUCCCCAGCUUCCACCGCCUCACCGCGCUCAAGUCCAUGUUCCUCUCCGACAACAAGUUCCACGGCGACAUCCCCGACGAGUUCUUCCCGAACCUUAACCACCUCAAGAAGCUCUGGCUCGACGGCAACGAGCUCUCGGGCCCCAUCCCGGCGUCCCUCGCCGAGGCCGAGCAGCUCAUCGAGCUCCACCUCGAGCGCAACAAGUUCUCCGGGGAGCUCCCUCCCGCGCCGCCCAUGGCGCUCAAGUCGUUCGACGUGUCCGACAACGACCUCGACGGCGUCGUCCCGGAGGCGUUCCGGCGGUUCGACGUCAGCGGGUUCCGCAGGAACCAGUACCUCUGCUACGUGCCGACCCCCGGGAAGCCGUGCAAGCGCCCGGAGAUCACGCCCGAGUCGACCAGCUGGCUCGGCGUGGUGCUGGCCAUGCUGCUCGCCUUGGCAAUCGUGGUCGUCGUCGUCUUCUCCGCGAGCGGCGGCCAGCCGACCCCCGUCCACGGCUACGACCACGCCCACAAGGGCGACACGGAGGAGGCGCCGCCGGUGUACAUGGUGAAGCAGGGAUCAUCGACAGCGCAGAAGCGGAGCAUGUCGUGGCUCGGGAGGAGGACGGGAGGGUCGUCGGCGGGCGGCACCGGCGGGGGGCACCGUCGGGCGUCGUCCGCGGCGAAGGUGGACGACUUGAGCACCGGGGGCGUCGCCGGGGACCUGGUCAUCGUGAACGACUGCAAGGGCGUGUUCGGUCUGACGGACCUGAUGAAGGCGGCGGCGCAGAUGAUCGGCAGCGGCGGGCUCGGGUCGGCGUACAAGGCGGUGAUGGCCAACGGCGUGGCGGUGGUGGUGAAGCGCGCGCGCGACAUGAACCGCGCCACCAGGGUCGCGUUCGAGGCCGAGAUGAAGCGCCUGGGCGGCAUCCGCCACGCCAACCUGCUGCCGCCGCUGGCGUACCACUACCGCAAGGACGAGAAGCUGCUGGUGUACGAAUACAUCCCCAAGGGCAACCUCCUCUACGUGCUCCACGGGGACCGCAGCGUGGACUACGCGGCGCUGGACUGGCCGACGCGGCUCAAGGUGACGGCCGGCGUGGCGCGCGGCGCGGCGUUCCUCCACGCGGAGCUCGCCGCCGCCGGGCACGACGUGCCGCACGGCAACCUCAAGUCGUCCAACGUGCUCCUCGCGCCGGACUUCGAGCCGCUGCUCGUCGACUUCGGCUACUCCAGCCUCGUCAACUACACGGAGUCGCCGGCGUCCAUGUUCUCGCGCCGGGCCCCCGAGUGCGUCGCCGGGAACCCGGCUUCCGCCAAGGCCGACGUGUACUGCCUCGGCAUCGUCCUCCUCGAGAUCCUCACCGGCAAGUUCCCCUCGCAAUACAACGCGAAUGGCGGCACGGACCUCGUCAUGUGGGCGACCACGGCGCAGGCCGACGGCCACGAGCAGGACCUGUUCGACCAGGGCAUCGUGACGGCGUGCAGGUACGCGCUGCCGGACAUGAAGCGGCUGCUGCAGAUCGCGAUGGAGUGCGUGGAGGCGGACCUGGAGAGGCGGCCGGACAUGAAGCAGGCCGCGUCGAGGGUGGAGGAGACCGUGGCCGCGGCGCUGGCGACGGUGAGGCAGGAGGCACCCGCGCACGCCGCGGUCGGGAGAGACGAGUCCAUGCAGCGGGUGACGAGUGCCGGCAUCUCGUGAGGCGGUGGCAUGGCGGCGAGGCUGGCCGGAGUCAGAUGUUGUAAAUCCAUGUAUGCCAUUGGUGCCCUUUACCUAGCCCCUUGUAUGUAUAUUUCAGUAGCCAACUCUUGUACAUGUAAAUGUAGCUCCAGAAAUGAGCAAUCAGAUAUUUCACAGUUUCCUCCAGGGAAAAUAGAACACACAUAUACACAUCGAUACACAAAGCAAAAGGAAGAGUCAAUUACACCACUCGUGUCACAACUUGGCGCGAAAAGUCAGUUUAAUACUAAAACUUGUAAUAUAUAUUGAACUGGUGUCACAACUUGGCUU